AUGAAUCAUAAUCAAGGAAUGGAUGGCUGUAUAAUGUUGUUGUGUUCGUACGAUAACAAGAACGUUGUUGUUGUGGUGUGUGCUGAUUUAACGUUUAGCAGAUUCACCACUCAUGGUGUCAAACGUGGACGUAGUUUAACACAUGGGCACGAUGACAUAGGUGGGGACGGUGGGGAAAUGGUCACAAAUAUUGAUGAGGAGGCUGAUUUGCUACCUAAUUUUUGCCAACACGUAGGAAAGUUGCGUUGGUACAGCGACGCCGUUAUGGAAUACAACCCCGAAAGUUAUAUUAAUCUUGACUUCGAUGAACACAACACACGUCGUUUUAAUAGGCUGUUCAUAUCAUUCAAAGCAUGCAUGGAUGGGUUUAACCACUGUUGUCCGUUAUUGUUUCUCGAUGGCACUUUUCUGAAAGGUAGAUUUAAAGGCAACCUGCUUGUGGCUACCGGAAAAGAUGGCAACCUAGGUCUAUUCCUGGUGGCAUUUGCAAUUGUUGAUUCUGAAAAUGCAGUGAAUUGGGCUUGGUUCUUACAAAAUCUAGCUAAUGUAGUUGAUAGGGAUCGAAACUUGACAUUUGUUUCUGAUCGACACGUCGGUAUCAUCGAAUCUUUGCCUACUGUUUUCCAAUCUGCCCACCACGCUUUUUGUAUGCAACAUUUACAAAGGAAUUUGAAGGAUAAGAUGAAAUAUGUGAACAAAUUGUACCGUAUUGCAUUGGUAAGUAAAUUACGGGAAUGUGCAUACGCACCGACCGUUGCUGAAUUUAAUGAAAAAAUAAAGGCGUUCAUACAGUCUGGAAGGCACAUCGCUGUCAAUUUCUUACAAGAUCUAAAGCCGCACCACUGGGAAAACGCGUACUUUAGGGGCAACCGUUAUGGUGAGAUGUGUUCGAACGUUGCCGAAUCAUUUAACAAUUGGAUAAAGAAAGCACGCCAUUUACCAAUCACCCAAAUGGUUGACGCAAUUAGGACACAGAUUAUGAAUCAGAUGUCCGACCGUAGGGGAGCUUCAAGUUCCUGGGCUGGUGUAAUAUGUCCGAAGAUGGAAUACAAACUAGAGAUGGCGUACAAGAAAGGAAGAUCAUGGACUGUCAGUCAGUCCAACAAUGACGUGUACGAGGUCCACUCACACCUAUCUGUUCUGGUGGACAUUGGUAGGCGUACAUGCUCAUGUUUCCAAUGGCAGAUCAAUGGGCUUCCUUGCGAACAUGUAGUGGUCGCUAUCCGCAACAGCGGCAGUGAUUUGAAUGCGUUGGUUGACCCUUAUUUCUACGUCACCAACUACCAAUCAUCAUACUCCGAAGCUAUAUUUCCGAUACCAACAGUUGAGAAACCACAGGUCAUUCCGGGACAUUAUGGUAUUCUACCUGUGACUGUGCGGCGACCACCCGACAGGCCAAAGAAAAAGAGGAUACCGUCAAAAGGUGAAGAAGUGCAACAGAUCUGA